AUGGCGGACGAGACCUGCACUGGCAAUAAGCUCUGGUAUGUCUGUAUUGCAGGGCACUUUCGAGGAUGCUGCUCCAGCAACCCUUGUACAUCAGGCAUUUGUCCAGACGAUGACACUUCGAGUCUUUCUGUGACUUCGGUUUCGUCAACAUCCUCUAGUAUAUUUGAAUCACCAACGGCAAUCAGCACUGCGAUGACAUCUACUAAAGAGGUAGACUCGAGCUCUGCAAGUUCCACGAGCUUGACCUCCACUCCUAUCACUGGCGUAGACUCUCUGGGCGCUUUGCUGACUACCACCACGGGUACCCAGGCGACAAAAGCUUCCGCUGCAACUUCAACUUCAAAUUCCACUCCAACCAGCCCCUCACGCAAUUCUAGCAAUGUCGGUGGAAUAUUUGGGGGCACUGUAGGGGCUGUGGUGGGCUUGGUCCUCUGUGGCACUCUGUUUUUCAUAUGGAGGCGUAGGAAACGCCAAAGGGUGUUCAAUAUCAACCUGCACCCAUCAGUCUCCACGUGCUCUCUCCACAAACGAGAAAUAACUCCAAUAACUAAGACAGUUCUGUCAACAGGUGAUGAGAAUCAACCUUUACGUUCAGAUGAUGAGCGCGAACUUGAUCGUUUCGCUCCGGGCGAACAUAAGCCCGAGAGCUCAGUGUUAACGAACUCCGUACUCCCGAGAUUUUCAACAGCAAGAUCAAACCCAGGCAUAAGCAUACAUAAUCCUGACACCUCAAACCUGAGCCUUACAAUCCCAGCGUCCAGUUCCACGCCGUCACUAAGCUCUGGAUAUCCCACGAUUGAAGACCUGUCACAAGUCCAUCCGAAGAAACAUGUCAAACCAGCCGAGCUUCCUGCUUCUACGCCCAGGGGGAUUGGAUUCACUCCAGAACUAUACGACACUGGAUUCUACCGCCAAAGAGCAGAAUUGGCCGAACAAUCCCAGAGAGAACUGAUCAAUAUACCACUCGAACAAAGAAGACGGCAGAACAAGCCCCGAUCCCGACAUCAUAAACCGGGCGCAAGGUCCUGCGACUCAUCAUCGCCUCGUACCCCGAGCUCUGCUACCAGUAAUGAAACCAUGAGCCCUAGACUCAUGAGCCGACAAACAGCGCGGAGAGUAUUAACCACAGAAGGGGUUGUUCUAGGAGCAACACUAGACUCUCACGACAGCGCUGAACAAGACCACAUCCUGAAUCCAAAUAGGCUUAAUACAGCUGACCACGUGAUGAGCUUUAUGGAUUAUGAGCUAGUGACUCGGUCUGCUGCGGGGUUAUCUACUGAGACGUCAACAGAGGGCCAAACUAUUCCCACUCUGACUACUCUUGAGGAAGAUCCUCUCUCCCCACUAGGCGAUGCUCCGCCUGCGUAUAAUGCCGAAGGGGCAGUCUCGCAGGUCAGAGACACCAAGUCUCCACAUGGCACUUUGGGAUGUACAGCUCGCAGAGAGUAA